AUGUCUAAAAAUGCUCUACUUUGCAAGCUAUUCUGGUGAUACCAAUAGUAGCAUUAUAAGAGAAACCUGGGCUAGACUUAUUGAUCAAGCUCUUUCAGAGGGCGGCUUUGCUGAAGCUUGUUCAGUGCUGAAGAGGAUUGGUUCCCUUGUGUAUCCUAGGGAUGGAGCAGUUUUACCUUUGGACACUUUAUGUCUGCAACUUGAGAAAGCUGCACUGGAGGUAUUGGAUUCAGGAGCUGAAAUUGUUCAAGAUGAAGAUGUACCAACGGCUCUUCUGGCUGCUUGCAAGGGACCAGUUGAACCUGUAUUGAACACUUAUGACCAAUUAUUGUCGAAUGGAGCUAUUUUGCCAUCUCCUAACCUCAGAUUACGCCUUCUUCGAUCAGUUCUUGUGGUACUUAGAGAGUGGGCAAUGUCUGUAUUUGCUCAGAGAAUGGCUACAAGUUCUACUGGAGCCUUUAUGAUAGUACGUGGAACAUUUUCAAUUGGGCAAACAACUGUCAUAAACCAAGGGAUUCGAGAUAAGAUCACCAGUGCUGCAAACAGGUAUAUGACAGAGGUACGGAGACUUCCCCUUCCACAAAGCCAGACUGAGGCUGUCUACAGAGGAUUUAGAGAACUUGAGGAAUCCCUAAUAAGUUCUCUUUCUUUUACUCGAUUUUGAUUGUUUCUUCUUUAUGUAAUAUUGUAUGAUGAAAUAUUUUUUUUCACGGGUUUUGCCAAUAAAUAAUAUUAUAGGUUCAAUGUUGGAAGUGCUCAUAUGCUUAACAGUAGACAGUUCAAAUGUAAAAAAUGCUGUGGUUUUAUCGAAAAAAUAUCAAGAGCUUGAAUUCUCA